UGCAUGCUGCCUCUGCUCCACACAUCACACCGAAGCAUCACUGACUGUGUAUACUGUAGGUGUGUGCAAGUGCAUGUUGUGGUGUGUUACAGCAAGAUUGUGUGUAGACUGGAUGUGUAGGAGGUGGUCUUUGCUGUAAACGGACCCCUCCCUCUCCCACCCCACCCCCUGCCCAUUCUGGCACUCCCACUGCAAGACUCCUGGACAGAGCCAGCAGCAGCUCCGGGAUGUCUUCCCCAGGAUCAGCCAGUGGCAGCAAGAGGAAUUCCUCGGAGCUGGAGCAUGCUCAGAGAGUCCCGGAGGCAGAGCCUGUGCAGCCACAGGUAAAACUGAAGGAAAGGCAGAAGUUUUUGGAGGAGGCUUUUCAGCAGGACAUGGAACAUUACUUGUCCACAGGGUACCUGCAGAUCGCAGAAAGGAGAGAGACAAUAGGAAGCAUGUCUUCUAUGGAGGUGAAUGUAGACAUGCUGGAGCAAAUGGACCUGAUGGACAUGUCUGACCAUGAGGUGUUGGACGUCUUUCUCAACUCUGGUGGUGAGGACAACAGCGUGGCCUCACCACUGCUCGGUCCAGACAUGGAGUCGUUCACUUCUGAGAUCACACUUCAGGUACCCACCCAGGCAGACUUAAGACACAAGCUGGCCUCUCUGUCCUCCACCUGCACAGACUCUGCCAGCCAGGACACAGAGGCAGGGGAAGAGGAGGAUGAAGAGGAUGAUGAAGAUGAUAAGAGGGGACAAACAGCUAUCAUCGGCUCAUCCAAUCAAGAACUGUGAGAGCAGCAGCUCAUUCUGAACACAAUGAGGAUGAACAACAGACUGUGAGAAGAAGUGACGUAAAUAGCAGUGUGCUAUGCACUUGUGUCCAAAGGAAGAGUGUACAACUGUGUUUUAUGAAACCCUAUCAGUUUUGGUAAAGAAAUUCUUUGUUAUGUGCUGUGCAGUUUAAGCCCGAUCCUGUGCCUGCCCUCAAAAUCAAUAAAUAUAUUUUAUUCAGUAGGACAUUUCACUCCAAACACAUCAGUAAUGAUUUUGGGUCUGUUUGCCCUUCUGGGCCAUUGUUGUCAAUUGCAAAGGUAUAAAAUACAAACAUUCCCAUUUAUAGAAUUUUGUUUUUUAUAUAUUCUAUAUUUCAAACUGUAUUUCUAAAUGUGGUUAAAUCAUUCUAAAGCUUUUCCAAAUAUAUAUACAGUGGCAAGUAAAAGUAUGUAAACCCUUUGGAAUUAGCUGUUUUUCUGCAUUAAAUUGUCACAAUAUGUAAUCUCAUUUUCAUCAAAUCAUAAGUAUAGACAAACACAAUGUGCUUAAGCUAACAACACACAAACAAUUAUAAUCUUUCAUGUCUUUAUCGACAACAUCCCAUUAAACA